CUUCUUUCUCAUAAGUUAGAUAUUUCACUGAAGUAAUAGUCGUACGCAUGUGCAGAAAGAAUAUUACUAAGAACAACUGAUUACCAGCUGUCAAGUAUUGCUCGCUGAGCUGAUACCGCGCGUUGAGGCGCGUUAGUUGACAAUCGAACGUGAAGUAUAUACGAAAGGUAUAUAUUUUAAUGAGAUAAAUGCCAAGCGUCAAAGAUGAAUCGGAAGGUGAAGGGGAGGAGAUGUCUCAUGACAGUAAUGACAGUAACCAGAGCUCUGCAUCCUGUGAUAGCAGUCCAGAGCACACUGACAGCGAUGAUUCAUCGGAGAUGGAUGAGGAUGAAUGUGAGAGGAGGCGCAACGAAUGCAUGGAGAAUCUAUUAGAUUUAGAAAGACAAUUUACUUUACUUAAAGAACAAUUGUACCGAGAAAGAAUCACGCAAGUGGAUACAAAGCUCGGAGAAGUACGUGUUGGAAAAUCUGAAGAAUAUUUAAUACCUUUGGAACGGCUAAAAGAAAAUAUGAAAACGAAAACAGAAGUUGCCGGGAUACUGAAAAAAUAUAGACUACAAAAUAUUCAAAAUAAAUUUCAAGCAGAAGAGCAAGCUGCCAAACAAAAUUUUGAAAGUGAGAAAGGCUUAAUCUGGGACUGCAUCCAUAACGAUCUACAAGACAAGAUUCGUCGUCUAGAAGAAGAUAGAAAUAAUGUGGAUAUUCAUGCAGAUUUAUGGCUUAAUACAACCGGUAGAAGACGUAGGAAUCAUACGGAAAGAAGACGAGCGGUUUCCGUCGCAGGUCCUUAUAUUGUUUACAUGCUCAAUGACGCGGAUAUACUAGAAGAUUGGGCGUUAAUAAAGAAAAGCCUAAGUAGCCGAAAAACAGAAAUUAUGUAAGUUACAUUGAAGAGCCGUUAAAAAUAGCUUCGUUAAAUUACGCAUCCAUCCUUGAAAUAACAGAAAUUUCGUCCAACCGGAAGUAUGUCUAAAAUUAGACAAGCAACUGGCAUCUAUUGAGCAUCUGAUAUCUGUACAGUGUGCCUUGAUGUAAAAAUAAGGGUAAUUAUUUACUACAGUAUAAAUAAUUAUCGAAUUAAAAUAUCAUAUUCGCCAAGACAUUUCUGUGGUGCACUAGUGCAGGAAAAUUAUGUACACACAACUGUGCCGUCAGAAGAGACAAAUUUAUAGUUCACAGGAAAAAAGAAGAGACUUAUAAUAGGUUUAUAUUAAUUUUAACUCAUAGAAAAACUUACAAGACAAACAAUUGUGUUAAACCAUAGUCAAAUGUCAAUUAAUUUUGAUAUUCGAUAUAUGUAUCAUCAUUGUUUAUUUCUCUUUCUAUUCUUCAUUGUACAAUUCUAUCAUCUACUUUAUACUUCCUAUUUCACAUAGUGAAAUACGAAAUUAUGAAAAAUAAGAAGACAAGCGUAAAGUGUUGUUUUUUCACAAUUUUCAACAUCUAAAUAUAAAUUGCCUCUCUUAUCAUCGCGUCCUACUAAAAUAUCCAAUAUUUCUAAAUCAUCGCAGCCAUUAGAAAAUAAUGCAAUGGUUUUCUUUUUAUCAUCACAGUCUAGUCGAGAAGAAUAAAUAAUACGAUAUUGCACAGUUGCUUGGAAUCUGGGACAUAAUAUUGAAAAUUUAAUGAUUAAAAACAAUAUCUUAUAUUAUUAUGAAAGUUUCAUUUUCAGCAAAUGUGCGUUUAUUUAAAAUAUAAGUGAUGGUUGCAUAAAUAUAUUUUAUUAGUACGCUGUUUAAAUAUAUCUCACAACAUUUUAAUUUAAGAUAUAUGGCGAAGAAAACUACAAUCCGCAAAAUUUGUGUGUGACAUUGUAAUAAGUAGUGUGAUACAAUGACUGAGAGAAGGAAUCAUAUGCAAAAGAACUCUGUAUUAUAAAUAAAGUGUAUUUUAAUUUUUUUACAACA